AUGGGCACGAUUCCACAUGUGUUGCACCAAAGUGCGCGGCCGAUUCGGCCCAGCGAGUUCGCCGAUGUCGUCCAGGCCCUCUGCCGGCCUCGGAUGCACACGGCGCGCUCCAAUAUGCCCAUUCCCGUCACCCUAGCCAUCAGCGGAGGUGUGGACUCGAUGGCCAUGGCAUGGCUAUGCUCCGAAGUUCGCCGUCUCGACCCAUCCAUGCGGGUGGCCGACCACCGGGUGCUCCGCUUCUUGCCCAUGAUUGUCGACCACGACUAUCGCAGGCACAGCUAUCGCGAGGCCAGGACCGUCGCCGAUUAUCUGCGUGAGCACCUGAAGAUGAGGCCGGUCAUCGCAAAAAUUAUGUGGAACAAGCUGAAUAGGGAUCGCAUGCCCAAUCACGGUGAGCCUUCUGGCAUGGGCAAGGACGCUUCGCGAGACGACAGCAGGCUGAAGUUCAUCCGUCCGCAGGACAUUCCAAACUUCGAGACGGUGGCGCGGGAGCAACGCUACCGCCUUUUUGCCCAGCAUAUGUUGCAUGAACGGUCCAUGUCGCUUUUCUUGGCCCAUCACGAGGACGAUCAGUAUGAGUGGCUGCUGAUGCGCCUCAUGGACGGCCACGGCCCGCGUGGGCUAGUCGGCAUCCCGGCCGCCAACCAGCUUCCGCACACCCAAGACAUUCACGGCUCGUAUGAGAGUGGUCUUAUAGACGACCAGAACUAUCGCAAUCCGCUCUACAGGUUUAAUCCCACUACAACCGAGAGCAAGGCGAUCCGGACCGCCUUAAGGGAGCAGAUGAUGCAUGAGCUUCAUAGUCCGCCCUCUUCCAGCCCCGAGACGGGCUCUGCCGUGCGCGACUACCUCGAUUCUCUUUCUGGUACUGAGAAUUUCCCCAAAAGAGGAGCCCCUGAGUUGGAGCCUUGCCGGGUAGAGGACGGCGGCACCAUGCUGUACCGGCCGAUGCUCGAGUUCUCCAAAGACCGCAUAAUUGCGACAUGCCUGGAGAACGGUGUCCCGUGGUUCGAGGAUAGUACAAACAAGGACGUGACACUCACGCCGCGAAACGCUAUCCGUCACAUGGUCAAGCACUACAAGAUGCCAGUCGCGCUGCAAAAGCCAGCCAUCCUGGCCAUGUCCAGCCGCAUCCGGCGUCGAUUGGAGCUUCAGAAUCAAGAAGCAGAUCGGAUUUUUAACCGAUUCGUCCUCUACGAGUUCCAUCCCAAUGUCGGGUCCAUUAUGGUUGAAUUCCCCAAUCUCAGCCGUCCUGGCCCGCGCCGAAAGCACUCCAUAUACACGGCCCGCUGGCGUCAAGUCGCCCUAGAGAACAAGGCAAUAGCCGCGGCCCAAGCCUUCCGUCGCCUCCUGCGCAUAGUCUCCCCACAGUCCGCUUUGCCGACUGCAGAGGACUUGCAGCCCUUUGUGGGUCGAGUCCUCCCCUCACUCGCCGAGAAAACAACCUCCGCCACCGACGAGGCAGCCCCAACUCCGCCCAAAUCGUUCGUCAUCAGCGGAGUGCACUGCGUCCCCAUGCAGCCCAAAGCCAAAGACCCGAACCAGAGGCUGAGGUGGCAGCUGGCCCGGGCGCCCCAUAAUUCACCGGCCCGCGAGCCCCUCCCUUCGGUCCAGUUCCGCAGCCGCGUAUCGGCCUGGGACUUCCCGGACAAGAAACAAUGGUGGUGCUCGCCCGACACGAUCCAGGACCGCUUGGGUGCCGUCUCGCGCCGCCACCGCUUCCUCCCCUACGACGGCGGCCGCUUCUGGGUCUCGGUCCGUCACCGCCUGCCCAUCAACGUGCACGUCGGACCCUUGGCCCUGCCGUACCUCCGGCACUUCCGCGACGGCCUGCCCGACGACGCCUCCCGCCGCCGCCUCGAUGACCUGCUCAAGCGCUACGCCGCCAACAAGCUCCGCUGGACCCUCCCUGCCGUAUACGUCUCCGGGCCCAUCUCCUGGGUCCAGGAUCCUGACAUACGGGAUCAUCCGCAUACGCGCCCGAGCCGCGCGCGCCAGGAGGAAAUCAUGCGCCUGAUCGAGUCCUCCCGUGACGAGAUGCACAUCAUCUCCCUGCCGACCCUGGACAUGUGCCUGCCCAGCUUCGACCACUGGCUGCGGUGCGAGUUCCGCUUCCGCAAGGUCGACCGCGCCGUGCCCCGGAACCUGGAGCGCACGAGGAUCGACAGCAUGCUGGCCGUCGUCGGCUUCGGGCACAAGCAGGGCACGCGCGUCGACAAGAGGCGUCUGAGGUUCCUCAGACCCAGAAGGAAACAUGCCGUGACGAGGGUCAGGAAGCCGCCGAUCGUCAGGGGCGUUGCCGCGCCUGGGAGGGCGGCGGCGAAAGGGAGGUUAGCACAUAUCGGCACGGCAUAG